AUGUUGGCACCGUCAGAACGGCUCCAUAGCGUAUCAGGAGUAGCACUGCAAAUGCAGCGAGAAUUGUUGUGGUUUGAGGAAGUGAAAAAGCUUAUGAAUCCAUUUGAUGCUGAAGCUAAAAAUAAGGACAUGGUUGCUAAAGCUAAAAACAAUGGAAAAGCAUUGGAGAAAGAUAAAAAUGAGGAUGGAAAUCCAACGGAUACUGAAACUGAAAAAGGAGGAGAAGGAUUGGCAGAUGAAACUGAAAAGAAAGAUGGAAAAACUCCUGGAGCUUUAUUUAGUGAGCAACACCAGAAAUUAAAGGAGGAGGGGGAGAAAUGGAUGAAGGACACGGCAAACUAUUGCAUGGUUGUGGCAGCACUUAUUACCACUAUGGUUUUUGCUGCAGCUUUGGCUGUACCGGGUGGCACCAAUGCCGAGACAGGGACUCCUCAUUUCCUUAAAAAAAGUUCUUUCAAAAUUUUUAUUGUAUCAGAUGCGAUUUCACUGGUAUUAUCCACUUGCUCCAUAUUAACCUUCUUAUCCAUUCUCACUUCCCGCUACGCAGAAGAAGAUUUCCUUAAGCCGUUGCCAAGAAAGUUGCUUGUUGGACUUGGAACACUUUUGUUAUCAAUGGCAGCAAUGAUGGUAGUGUUUUGUGCAGCUAUUUUUAUUCGCUUCAAAGAUGGAGUGGUAUGGAUUCCCAUUCUUGUUGCUGCAAUUGGUUCUUUGCCAGUCAUCUUUUUUAUUAUACAACAAGUGUACCUCUUUAUUGAUGUGUUGGGUUCAACCUAUAUUAGAGGCUCUAUCUUCAAGCAAGGGGAGGGUACUCUUUUCUCCGAGAAAGGGAAGGCAAAUGAAGUCUUAGAAGAGAAGAUAACUUAG